GCGCACUAAACGUACUUCCGCCUCCAAUCUAUCAUCUUUACAAAUAUGUCUGAUUUUAGAAUUUCUCUUAAUUCACUCAGAAACACAUUUAUAAUGCAUUUCUCUACCACCUGAUGCACUUAUAACAACGGCAUUAUCCUUUAAUAUCAGAUGACAUUGGAAUAGCAGAAGAUACAUUCUCAUUAUUUAUCAUCUUUUAAAGACCAAAAUGAAAAUAUUGCACAGAGCAGAUAUAUAAGAUUGAUUCUAUAAGUCUAUGGUAGAAUUCCUACGAUAUAUUUACUCUGAAAUGUGUUAUUAGCAAACUUUGUGGACAUCACUGUCUGGAGUGUCUACAAGAUGAGUCUGGUUGCAAAUUAAACUUGGAUAAAUUUAUUAAAGUAUUUUGGGACAAAGGUAACACUGGACAGAAACACAGCAGUUGAAAUAUUUGUAAACAAAAGACUACAGAAGCAAAAAGAAGAAAAAUAUAUAUCUAUUGGGAUUUUAGAAGAAAAAUAAUGGAAAAGAGUGAGAAACAAAAGGAACUGAUUUUUCCUGAAGAUAAGAAGAAAAAGAAGCAAAAAUUGUCACAUGACUGUGAUGUCUGUAAAAAGUCUUUCUCUCAAAAGAGCAGCUUGAAUGUGCACAAACGUAUUCAUACAGGGGAGAAGCCAUUUCACUGUGACGUCUGUGGUAAAUCAUUCUCUCGAAAUAAUGACUUUACUGAACACAAACAUAUCCAUACAGGAGAGAAACCAUAUCACUGUGACGUCUGUGGUACAUCAUUUUCUCACCGAAGUGCUUUGAUUUGUCACAUGCGUGUUCAUACCGGAGAGAAGCCAUAUCAAUGUAACAUCUGUGGUACAUCAUUCUCUCAGCAAUGUACUUUAAAUUCUCACAAACGUGUUCAUACAGGAGAGAAACCAUAUCAUUGUAAUGUCUGUAGUAAAUCAUUCUCUCGACGUAGUACUUUAACUUCUCAUAAAUCCAUUCAUUUUUUCCCUGAAGAUAGAGAAAAAGGAAGAAAAUUGUCUCAUGAUUGCGAUGUCUGUGAAAAGUCCUUCUCUCAAAAGAGUUACUUGACUAUACACAAACGUAUUCAUACCGGAGAGAAGCCCUAUCAUUGUGAUAUCUGUGGUGCAUCAUUCUCUAACCGAAGUACUUUAAAUUAUCACAUACAUGUUCAUACAGGAGAGAAGCCAUUUCACUGUGACAUCUGUGGUAAAUCAUUCCGUCGAAAAUAUCAUUUGACUAGACACAAACCUCUUCAUACUGGAGAGAAGCCUUAUCAUUGUGAUGUCUGCGGUGCAUUAUUUUCUGAUCGAAGUGUUUUAAAUUCUCACAAACGUGUUCAUACAGGAGAGAAACCCCAUCACUGUGACAUCUGUAGCAAAUCAUUCUCUCAAAGUAGUGCUUUAACUCUUCAUAAACGUAUCCACACAGGAGAGAAGCCAUAUCAUUGUGAUAUCUGUGGUAAAUCAUUCUCUCGGAGUGGUAUCCUAACUAAUCACAAAUAUAUUCAUACAGGGGAGAAGCCAUUUCACUGUGACAUCUGUGGUAAAUCAUUCUCCCGAAGUAACAACUUGUCUAAUCACAAACGUAUCCAUACAGGAGAGAGGCCAUAUCACUGUGAUAUCUGUGAUAAAUCAUUCUCUCAUAGAAAGAGCUUAAUUGUUCACAAGCGUAUCCAUACAGGAGAGAAGCCAUUUCACUGUGAUAUCUGUGGUAAAUCAUUCGCUCAAAGUAACAGCUUAAUUAUUCACAGACAUAUCCAUUCAGUAGAGAAGCCAUAUCAUUGUCGUGUCUGUGGUAAAUCAUUCUGUUCAGCCAGUAACUUCACUAUGCACAAGCGUGUUCAUACAGGGGAGAAGCCAUUUGACUGUGAGAUCUGUGGUAAAUCAUUCUUCCAAAAACAUAUAUUGACUGCACAUAAACGUAUUCAUACAGGAGAGAAGCCCUAUCACUGUGAUAUCUGUGAUAAAUUAUUCUCUCAUAGAAAGAGCUUAAUUGUUCACAAGCGUAUCCAUACAGGAGAGAAACCAUUUCACUGUGACAUCUGUGGUAAAUCAUUCCCUCGAAAAUAUAACCUGACUCUACACAAACGUAUUCAUACAGGAGAGAAACCAUAUCACUGUGAUGUCUGCGGUACAUCAUUCUCUGACCAUAGUAUUCUAAAUCGUCAUAAACGUAUUCAUACUGGAGAGAAGCCAUAUCAGUGUAACAUCUGUAAUAAAUCAUUCUCUCAGUGUAGUAGCCUAAUUACGCAUAAACGUAUUCAUACAGGAGAAAGGCCAUAUCACUGCAACUUCUGUGGCAAAUCUUUCUCUGAAAAUAACACCUUAAAUAACCACAAACGUAUUCAUACUGGAGAGACGCCAUAUUAUUGUGAUAUCUGUGGUAAAUCAUUCUCUCGACAUAACAGCUUACUUAUUCACAAACGUGUUCAUACAGGAGAGAAACCAUAUCACUGUAAUAUCUGUGGUAAAUCAUUCUUUUCAGCCAGUAGCUUAACUACACACAAGCGUAUUCAUACUGGGGAGAAGCCAUUUCACUGUGACUUCUGUGGUAAAUCAUUCUCUCAAAGUUCUGACUUGAUCAAACACAGACGUAUUCAUACAGGAGAGAAGCCUUAGCAUUGUGAUGUCUGUGGUGCAUCAUUUCCUGAUCAAAGUGUUUUAAAUUCUCACAUACAUAUUCAUACAGGGGAAAAUCGAUUUAACUGUGACGUUUGUGAUAAAUCAUUCUCUGAGAGUAAUGCUUUAACUUCUCAUCAAUGUAUCCAUACAUGAGAGAGGCCAUAAUACUGCAUCAUCUUUGGCCAAUCUUUCUUGUAGUGAAAAUGCAACCUAUGUCGCAAAUAGGCAUAGGAAUAUUGUAUAAAUUCUAUAUUUGAAAAAUUUAUUAUAUUUUGUACAUACAAGUAUAUCGGCUGCAAGUGGGGAUUUCCCCACCCUGGUGUAGAAGGUAGCCUCCAUAGCUAGAAAUAGCAGCCAAAUAUCGAACAAAUCAAAGGAGAUCUGAGACAACAAAAGUAUUAAGAUUAAAUGUUUUCAUUGUUUAAUACUUACAUAAAUGUUUUUAUAAAGGAUGGUGUUGUUAUAAAUGCGUUAGAUGGUAGAGAAAUGUAUUGUAAAUGUGUUUGGGGGUUGAUUAACAGAGAUUCUGGCCUCGGACACCUUUGUCAAGCGGAAGUACAUUUAGUAUGCAUGCAUAUGAAAUAUUGGUUUCACAUUUUGGCCCAAGGCCAGCAAUUUUGGGACAUGGAUCACGGUUGUCAAGUGGUAUUUAUUUUACUGACCCCGGAUUAAAGGUUAAAGGCAAAGUUGUUCUGAAAGGAUGGAAGGCAAAGUCGACCUCGCCGGAAUUAACUCCAUGUUUGAAAAUUUAAAAAUAGUGAAAACUGACUGUUAAAAUAUUUGAAUUUUUGUCAUUUGCCUUUUCUGAACAGUCCUACUACGUGAUUCAGUGCUGGUCAUAGAGACAAAAUCAAAAAAAAUAAUAAUAUUUUAUUAAAAUAAUUUAUUAAAAAAUGGACUUUAAAAAGCCAUACUACAAAAAAUUAAGCAAAAAAAUUUGAUUUUUU